AUGGCCUUUCUCAUGAUGUAUCCCGCCAUUGCCAUACUUUCAAUGUUUGUACUGAUGGUCAUUAUUUUGAUACUGAGAUUUGGGGCUCGUUGGUGUAAGCUCCGGCACAGUACAUUCGCAGACCAAGAAUAUUGGAAUGAAGACGAAGCUUAUGAGCAGAAGGUUUCAUAUGCUUAACCUUUAAACUUUAUUUUGCAACCCCUCCGUCCAGUUUUGUCUGAUUUUAACUUGUUUGUAGACUUUAUUUUUACUAGUAUGUAAGAAAUGUAUAGAUGAUAAAUAAUAUAAAAGAUUCAAUGAUUAUUGAUUGCUUUUACUAGACUAGAAUAGAGUUAUUAGCACAAACUUAAAAUGAUACUAAUGAAAAAAUAAACAAUUACCAUUUUGAAUAAAUAUGUUUAAAAAAUUUGAAUUAAAUCUUCUUAUUGCUGCUAACUCAGAUGUAAAAUAGUGAAUCUAUGUAUUUUAUAUUAUGUACCUUUUGGUAUUAAUAAACAUUUUCUAUAUUUCUUAA